CCAACCGCUGUGUUUCAUCUAUUCCUUCUUCGAGACGACUGUAAUUUCUCCUGGGAGCCCACCGCCCAGGCCGUAUCUGGACAUCGUGGAGAAAUAACACCAAACAGAGGAAGCGCCGAUACACACAAAAUACAGAUACGUUCAAUGUUACAAAAUCUGAGAGCGAAGAAGCUGCACUAAUUUUAACUACAACCAACGAGCCCAGCACAUCGCGGCACCAUCAACAACCAAGAUAACACUAGCAGGGGCUACGGUUCUGCUGCAAACUAUGCAAGCUGUUAUGUUAUAAUUGCACGAUCUUUAAUGUGUCCAUUUGUACCUUGAAUCGGAGAUUCGCUUCGGAUUAAUCUUCAGAUUUCGCAUUUGACGGGUCUGUUUGAUCUCUGCACGGGACGCUCUGGAAGCCCGGGGAUUAUCUCUCUACGAAGAAGAAUGGAUGCUAUAUUAAAAUAAUAAUAACAACAGCAUCGACGCGAUGACCAGCGGCUGAACUGCGCUGCUCAAAAGCCUCUCUUUGCUACAACUUUUUGUGGGGGGCUUGUCAGUUUCACUUGCCAAUGGAUGAGUUUCAUCCGUUCAUUGAGGCGCUCCUGCCCCAUGUGCGGGCCUUCGCCUACACCUGGUUCAACCUGCAGGCACGCAAGCGCAAGUACUUCAAGAAGCACGAGAAGAGGAUGACGAAGGACGAGGAGCGCGCGGUGAAGGACGAGCUGCUGGGCGAGAAGCCUGAGCUCAAGCAGAAGUGGGCGUCGCGACUUCUGGCCAAACUGCGCAAGGAUAUCCGGCCGGAGUGCCGUGAGGACUUCGUGCUGACCAUCACUGGGAAGAAGCCACCGUGCUGUGUGCUCUCCAACCCCGACCAGAAGGGAAAGAUGCGCCGCAUCGACUGCCUGCGCCAGGCCGACAAGGUGUGGCGCCUGGACCUGGUGAUGGUCAUCCUCUUCAAGGGCAUUCCGCUGGAGAGCACGGACGGCGAGCGGCUGGUCAAAGCCGGCCAGUGCAGCAACUCCAUUCUCUGUGUCCAGCCGCACCACAUCAGCGUCUCCGUCAAGGAGCUGGACCUCUAUCUGGCCUACUUCGUGCAGGAGAGAGAGUCAGAACAGAGCAGUAGUCCGCGUACAGGUAUUGGCUCAGACCAGGACGACAGCAGAGCGACCCCCAUGGAUGGGCCUGAGUUUCAGGACAGCUUUGUGACGUCAGGAGUUUUUAAUGUAACGGAGCUGGUGCAAGUGUCCCGAACUCCUGUGAUCAGCGGCUCCGGACCCAACUUCUCCCUGGGGGAGCUGCAGGGACACCUGGCCUACGACCUCAACCCCUCAGGGGUCGGCUUGAGGAGAACCCUGCCCAGCACCUCCUCCAGCGGGAGCAAGAGGCACAAAUCAGGAUCCAUGGAGGACGAUAUCGACACCAGCCCGGGGGGCGAGUACUACCCCUCGCCCAGCUCACCUGCCAGCGGCUCCCGAAACUGGCAGGAGGACAUGGAGGGGGGGAUGUCCCCCACAGUGAAGAAGACAGAGAUGGACAGCCCGUCUCCCCAGGACAGCUCCCCACGCCUCAGCUUCACACAACACCAUCGGCCUGUCAUAGCAGUGCACAGCGGCAUCUCCAGGAGUCCACACCCCUCCUCCUCUCUGCAUUUCCCUGCCACCUCCAUCCUGCCCCAGUCAGCGUCUUCCUACUUCCCGCACACCGCCAUCCGCUACCCGCCUCACCUGGGCUCCCAGGACCCGCUGAAGGACCUGGUGUCCCUGGCCUGCGACCCCUCCAGCCAGCAGCCUGGUCCGCUGAACGGCAGUGGCCAAGUGAAGGUGCCUAGCCACUACAUCUCCUCCCAGAUGCUGGCCCCCCCACCCCACCCUGCCAUGCCCCGCCUGACGCUGCCGCCUGACUCCAAACCUACCACCACCACCUCGGAAGGAGGGUCCAAUUCUCCUACAUCACCCACGUACUCAGCCCCCGGGACACCCCCUGCCAACCGCUCCUUUGUAGGCAUUGGCCCACGGGACCCUGGCGGACUCUAUCAGGCUCAGUCCUGGUAUCUGGGGAACUGAGGAACACUUUUGGAUAAUCCUAAGAGGCAUGGACACAUGGAUCUGAGAUUCUUUUUUUUGUGGAAAUAUGAAUGCGAUGCAAGAGGGAAAACACAUGUGUGUGCAUGUGUGUGUAUGUAUCUGCAUAUAUGCACACACGUGCACAUACAGACACAAAAGAUAUUUCAGCUGGCUGUCUCGAAGGAAGAGGAAGAGGCAGAGACAGGGGAAGAGGAUGUCUGGAGCAGCAGGGAUGAACAACGGAGCUUGGAGCAUCCGGCCUCAGCACCCCCUCAGCUAAUCAAGGUGCUGCUUCCACAUAUAUGCAAAAUACAUCUCUUUUCUUUUCUUAAUCAUCAAGAAGGAGGAGAUCAAAAGAGAUGCUCGUUUCGUUUGUGUUUUCCUGAAGCGUGAGGCUGCUGGCUGUCCCUGUUUCUGGUGGAUAGGAACUGUGUGACAGGGACAGUCAGAGCUGCUCAGGAGCCCCAUCACUCAACAUUGUCACAAGAAAGGAAAAAUGUCAUUGAAUUUGUUAGACAAUCAUCUAUGCCUCUUAUUUAUUUUGCUUCUCCCAUUGAAUGGGAGUGAUGUUCAGAGAGCGCCCUCUGAUGGCCACCUGCUGUCCUGCAGCUGGCGCCUGCAUUUGGGGAUUGUUGUGCUCUGCUUGCUGCCUGGUGAUCAGAGCCGUGUGAGAGGAGGGCACUGUGGCUGAUCACUCUGCAGGAACUUACACAAGAGCAAGAAGCAGGUUCUGGAUGAUAAGCCAUCAAAAGCCCUCAGCAUCAC